AAAAUUUUUUCGUUGAGAAAUUUCACUUUUCUUAAUUAAUUGAGAAAAAAAAAUUAAAGAAACUAAUUUAAAAUAAAACAGUUGACAGAUUUUGAUCGUUUAGUCAACAUCGUUUCAAAAGUUUUCUUUACAUUCAUCUUUGACUUGAGGAAAAUCCACCAACAAUGAAAAAAUUUACGGGAAUUUUAGCCAUCAUGGUUAUGGUUAUAAUGUUGGUUGAAUCAUAUCCAACUGGUGCACCAAAAUGUUCAGCAACUGCACCAAAACAUGAAGAUCAUAAAGCACAAACAACACCAUCACCAUAUCAGAUAACGGCCACAAAAAAAGAUAAAUCUACUGCUACUGUAACCAUAUCGGGUGGUGAUUUUAAAGGUUUUAUGUUGUAUGCAACUAAACCCGGUUCAAAUGAUAUGUUGGGUAAAUUUACUAAAAAUGAUAAAUCCAAAGAAAUUACCUGUGGAUCUGCUACGGCCAUAACACAUAAAAAUGAUAAUGUUAAAAGUUCAAUUACAUUGACCUGGACUGCACCGGAUAAAUUUACGGGUGAUGUUAUAUUUAGAGGUGCUGUUGUUAAAGAAUUUAAAGAAUUUUGGGCCGGUUUAAAAUCACCAAAGAUUACUUUUUGAAAACGAAAAACAACGCGUGAAUAAAUUGUGAUUCGAGUAAAUCUGAUCAUCAUCAUCAUCAUUAUCAUUGCCAUUGCCAUCAUCAAAUCAUUAUCGAAUUUUUUUGUUU